ACACCUGCAGGAGUCAGAGGGAGGAAAAAACAGGCAGGCAGAGGAAUGCAGCUCUCAGCAACAUUAUCAGGAUAAACCGAAACGGACCGGACCACACAGACCCGGAACAGGGCCCAGCAGACCCGGGUCAGCCCCGUCAGCCCGGGAUCUACCCGGAUCCACCUGGAUCCACUGGGAUCCACCUGAGACAGGACACUCCUGAACUUUUACCUGAAGCAGGAAGUGGAGCAGAGCUGCAGACAUGGGCAGUAAGGAGCGCUACCAUUGGCAGGCUCAGAAUGUGAAGGUGAGCGGGGUGGACGACAUGGUCCUGCUGUCCAAGAUCAGCGAGGACGCCAUCACCGACAACCUGAAGAAGAGAUACAUGGACGACUACAUCUUUACCUACAUCGGUCCGGUCCUGAUCUCAGUCAAUCCGUUCAAGCAGCUGCCGUAUUUCACUGACAGAGAAGUGGAGCUGUACCAGGGAGCGGCUCAGUACGAAAACCCGCCCCACAUCUACGCUCUGGCCGACAACAUGUACAGGAACAUGAUGAUCGACAACGAGAACCAGUGUGUGAUCAUCAGUGGAGAAAGUGGAGCAGGGAAAACUGUUGCUGCUAAAUACAUCAUGAGCUACGUGUCCAAAGUGUCUGGAGGAGGAGAAAAAGUCCAGCACGUCAAAGACAUCAUCCUCCAGUCCAACCCGCUCCUCGAGGCGUUCGGGAACGCCAAAACUGUCCGAAACAACAACUCCAGCAGAUUUGGGAAAUACUUUGAGAUCCAGUUCAGUCGGGGAGGAGCCCCGGAUGGAGGAAAAAUCUCAAACUUUUUACUUGAGAAGAGUCGAGUUGUGUCCCAAAACCCUGGAGAGAGGAACUUCCACAUCUACUACCAGCUACUGGGCGGGGCCAGUGGAGAACAGAAGGAGAACCUUGGGGUCACGACACCUGACUAUUACAGCUACCUCAACCAAUCAGGAACCUUCACAGUGGAGGAUGUGGAUGACACCAAGGAGUUCGCUGAUACUCUGGCGGCGAUGUCCGUGGUGGGUCUGUCGAUGGAGGAGCAGGAUUCUGUUCUUCAGAUUGUUGCAGGGAUUCUGCAUCUGGGAAACAUCAACUUCAGAGAAGAGAACAACUACGCCGUGGUGGAGAGCCAGGACUUCCUGGCCUUCCCGGCCUACCUGUUGGGGAUCCCUCAGGACAGUCUGUGCAGUAAGCUGACCAGCAGGGUGAUGGACAGCCGGUGGGGAGGGAAGACCGAGUCCAUCGCAGUGACGCUGAACACGGAGCAGGCCUGUUUCACCCGGGACGCCCUGUCCAAGGCGCUGUACACCCGACUCUUCGACUUCCUGGUCCACAGCAUCAACAGAGCCAUGCAGAAGGACCAGGAGGAGCUCAACGUGGGAGUCCUCGAUAUCUACGGCUUUGAGAUCUUCCAGCAAAAUGGCUUUGAGCAGUUCUGCAUCAACUUCGUCAACGAAAAGCUCCAGCAGAUCUUCAUCGAGCUGACUCUGAAGGCCGAGCAGGAGGAAUAUGUUCACGAGGGAAUCAGCUGGACUCCCAUCGACUACUUCAACAACAAGGUGGUCUGUGAUCUGAUCGAGUCCAAGCUGAAUCCUCCUGGGAUCAUGAGCAUCCUGGACGAUGUUUGCGCGACGAUGCACGCCAAAGGUGAGGGGGCGGAUCAGACGCUGCUGCAGAAGCUGCAGGGGCAGGUGGGAUCCCACGAACACUUCAGCAGCUGGAACAGAGGAUUCAUCGUGCACCACUACGCUGGCAAGGUGUCGUAUGAUGCGAAUGGGUUUUGUGAGCGGAACAGAGAUGUGUUGUUUAACGACAUCAUCGAGCUGAUGCAGGGCAGCGAGUUUCCAUUCAUCAGGGCUCUGUUCCCUGAGAACCUGGAGGCGGAGAAGCGAGGGCGACCGUCGACGGCGAGCAUUAAGAUCAAGAAACAAGCCAACUCUCUGGUGCAGACCCUGAUGAAGUGCACCCCCCACUACAUCCGCUGCAUCAAGCCCAACGAGACCAAACGCCCCCGGGACUGGGAGGAGAACCGGGUCAAGCAUCAGGUGGAGUACCUUGGCCUGCGCGAGAACAUCCGGGUACGCCGAGCCGGGUAUGCCUACAGACGAGUCUUCAACAAGUUCCUGCACAGGUACGCCAUCCUGACCAAGGAGAGCUGGCCCCAGUGGAGGGGCGAGGAGCGUCAGGGAGUUCUGCACCUCCUCAGGUCCGUCCACAUGGACCAGGAUCAGUUUCAGCUGGGAAAGAGCAAAAUCUUCAUUAAAGCUCCAGAGUCGCUCUUCCUGCUGGAGGAGAUGAGGGAGAGGAAGUUUAACGGGUAUGCGCGGGUCAUCCAGAAGGCGUGGCGUAAACACAUUGCUGUUCGCAAGUACGUGAAGAUGAGGGAGGAAGCCUCCGACGUCCUGCUCAACAAGAAGGAGCGCCGCAGGAACAGCAUCAACCGGAACUUCGUGGGCGACUACAUCGGAACCGACCACCAUCCUGAGAUCCGGCGGUUCGUUAACCGCAGAGAAAGGAUUGAUUUUGCCGACGUGGUGGUCAAAUAUGAUCGAAGAUUCAGACCGGUGAAGCGGGACCUCAUCCUGACCUCCAAGUUCCUCUACAUGAUCGGCCGGGAGAAGGUGAAACAAGGUCCAGAAAAGGGUCAGAUUCAGGAAGUCCUGAAAAGGCAGAUCGAGAUCAAGAAGAUCCAGUCUGUUUCCAUGAGCACUCUGCAGGAUGACUUCUUUAUCGUCCACGAGGAAGAGUACGACAGCGUUCUUCAGAGCGUUUUUAAGACAGAGUUUCUCAGUCUGCUGGUGAAACGUUAUCAGGAGAAGACGGACAAACAACUGCCCCUCAAAUUCAACAACCUUCUGGAGUUUAAGGUGAAGAAAGAGGGCUGGGGUCCGUUCACUUCCUCGGGAUCCAGACAGAUCCAGUUCCAAGUGGGUCAGGGAGACGAGGCGGUCCUGAAGCCCAGUGGAAAAGUCCUGCAGGUCUCCAUCGGACCGGGCCUGCCCAAGAACUCCCGACCCACCAGGAGAGACACCCGGAAGAGCCGCCAAAUGGGGGGCCACGCUCCUCCCAGCGGGCACCACAGCUCCGGUGCUCGCUCCAGGGGGGGCAGAGCUCCCAGCCGGGGCGGGGGCGCCCCCUCCUCCAGAGGCUCGCUGCUGAGGCAGCAGUCCAGCAUGGAGCAGCCCACCCUGCCCCGCCUCCACAACCAGCAGCGGUCUUCCAACCGGGGUCCCCAGCACAGCGACAUGGGCUUCAUGAGCGUUCCAGAGCAGGGCGCCGCAGGAAUGCACCGGCGGCGGUCGAAGGAGGUGAAGCCUGUUCCUGGAGCGGGUCGACCCAAACCGAAGCCCCGGAGUCCUCAGUGCAGAGCUUUGUACGCCUACGAUGCCCAGGACACAGACGAGCUGAGCUUCAAUGCUGACGACGUCAUUGAAAUCAUCAGCGAAGAUCCGUCCGGUUGGUGGUUCGGCCGGCUGCGCGGCAGAGAGGGAAUGUUCCCUGGAAACUACGUGGAGAAGAUCUGAUGUCAGGUCACAGGGACAUUCGACUGUACGCCAGUUUAUGAGGACGCAGGCUACAGCCAGGCUACGGUGUCCUCAGGCGUACCAUAACCCAGCGUGCUGAAUCCAGCCAGAGUCCUCCAGUGCGCUGUAAACCAGAGCGGUCUAGUGGGGUGUUCCUGUAAACCAGUGUUAGGGUUCAGUCUGUGACCAUCUCGGUUAUCCCCUCAUCAGGUCUGAGUUCAGAGCCACAGUGUGCGCUGCAGAACCAAGAGCUGACAGAGACCCAGAGAUGGACACAAACUGAAUUCUCUGAGCAGAAACAAGUCGACUGAAUGUCAAAAACUUUUUCACAUCUGAUGACAAACAUGAAACAAAAGUGAUUAUUAAAAGAGUUUUAAGAAAAGAAAUCAUGUCUCUUUUUGGGGGAGGGGGCAGACAGGGACAUUCCUUGGGGAAAUCUGAAGUUCACAGGUUUGAAUCCCAUAGCUGGCUGUUUUCUAAUGGAGUCCCUGAGGAAGACUUUUGAUGACUGCUUCCCUGGUGCAGCACCGUGGCAACCGCAGCCUCGUAUCUAUACUUAAAUUUAACUAUGAAUAUGAUGGGCUGAAAGCAGAAAAGCAAGCCCCCCAAGGGGAGACUGAUCUUUUUCCUGUGUUUUUUGUAUCACUUCAUGUUUUUCCUGUUAGGAGUGUAAUUUUAAAUUUUUAAAUAUACAUUUCUGUCAUGAUUUUUUUUCUCUGUUUACAUUCCUUAUAAGAGCAUGCUCAGUAUUGUUCUUCUAUGAAACUUUACUUAAUUUUAUUAUUCCCAUUUUUUAAAUUGUUUAUCUAAUUUUCAGUCAAAUUUGCUGUUUUCAAUUAUUGGUUAUUCUCUGAUUUGAAGUUAAGAUUGUUUCAGGUCUGGUUUAAAAAAUUCUUUUGAAUUUUUAUCAUUUUAUAAAAAAUUAUCUUGUCCAUCCAGAGAUUUUUGAUUCAUCUUUCCAUUGUGUCC